AUGACUUAAUGAGAAUCUCGCAUUGUUGUUUGUUUGUCCUAACCCAUAAUAAUCCACAACAGGGUCAGAGUAAAAAUACCAUGAUUCCCACCAAGCUUUGGAAUGCUCUUUUUGCUCUAAUAGUACAACCCACUCAAGAUUUUAAAACCAUCUGUAUGUCCAGUCCACAUGUCCCAAUGCCCUGGCAGUGCUUUAAGUCCCUUGGAGGGACAGGGAACAUUUCCCUAGAACACAGGAGGCCUUGGGUUCUUGCCCUUGGGUUAAACCAUAAACUGGAAAUACCCUUGGGUUUCAUUUUUUCAUAUUUAAAAUGACUCAUUUUGGAAUAAGGAAUGAUAUAACCAUGGAUGCACGCCAUGAGGACUUCCUGUUUUUGUUCUUGAUGUUGUCAUGACCAUAUGUGUUGAGGUGGAUGGAGGGGGAGGUACCACCUCGGCAGUGUCUUACUGAACAGCUGCAAAGAGCAACUUAGCUUCUGGGAGAAAUGUCUCCAAGGCCUCAGCUCUGCUGGGUGAAGAAGACAUUUGUUCUGCCACCCACCAUGUAAUCCAUCCUUGAAUUUUAAUGAGUUAGCCUUUGGGCUGCUAGACAGAAACAAGCCACGGCAUCCUGCAUCAAUCCUGCUGACUUCGCACGCUGCCUCUGAGACUUAAAAAAUGAACUGUUUUUAUUGUCAAAUACAUGAUAAUUGUGCUCAAAGGGAAUUUGCUUGCACAUGAAAAUUGCCUCUGUAAGUAGCAGCACUUUGGACUCUAAAUCCAGCGGCUCUCAAGGCUGACCCUACCUGACUGAGUAUCUAGACUAUGAUUCCUGCCCGAGGUUAAACUUUCACAUGUGGGCUUCCACUGUCUUUAAAAGUCCUGUGUAACUGAUACUGAACUGUUAGGUUGUUACUAUCUGAACCAGCACCAAGUAUACUAUCUGUCCACAAACACUGGUUGUUUCAAUAUUCCUAUCACUGCAUGCUGUUGUCAACUGUAGUGUCAUUUCAUCUGUGUCUGCUCUCCUGCCCCUAACCAGUCCUCUGAGAGGUAAUAAGUUCUUCGAAGGCAUAAAUGCACCAUACUCCCUUGUUUCUCUGUGUAUUCAUAAAAAAGCAUGAGAGAUGCUGGACAAAAUUGCAUCUGGAUUAUAGUGGAUGAACACAAGGUGCUGUUGACGCUCAUACAUGCACAAAAGCCACCAUUUAAAGACAAGAUGCCGAUGGCAUGCAAACCCUCACACUAACACCCAGUCUCACGUUGACCUCCUCAGACUCUAUAAACAUUUGUGUAUAUAUUUUAUUCAUCUUUCUUUGAAAGCUGUUUUAGCUGGAGUUUGUUGGACUAUGUGCUGUAAGGAGUAUCUAUAAUAUUAAUUUUGCUAAAAGAUUAUACCCCAUGGCUCCCAGUUCAGUUUUUCAAUUCUCCAUCAAGGCAGCUUAUCUUUUCUUAGAGCAAGUGGAAAACCUUGUUAUAUGAGCACAGGGCCUGUGGCCUCCAGCCUCCCUCUAGCCUCCAGCCUCCAGCGGUCCUUUGGGAGAAGACACAACAGUGGGCCUCUGGCUGGUCACACUCUCUUUAGUAGCUAUCUCAGCCUUGCCUUGAAUCCUCAAGACCUCUCCUCCCUUAGGCUGCCAGGCCUCUCAUCAGUCCUUGAUAGGACAGUCUUGAGACUUCACUUACUGUUGCAUUGGACUCUUAAGAUUAUCAUUAAAAGCCUGAGUUUUCUGUUAUACCUAUUUUACCACCACUUAAAAAAAAAAAAAAAAAGGCAACUUGGCCCAGCAAAAUGGCUCCUUCAAAGAAGGGAGGCAAGAAGAAGGGCCGUUCUGCCGUCAACGAGGUGGUGACCCGAGAAUACACCAUCUACACUCACAAGCACAUCCAUGGCGUGGGCUUCAAGAAGCAUGCUCCUCAGGCACUCAAAAAAAUCCGGAAAUUUUCCAUGAAGGAGAUGGGGACUCCAGAUGUGUGCAUUGAUACCAGGCCCAAUAAAGCCGUCUGGGCCAAAGGAAUAAGGAAUGUUCCAUACCAUAUCCGUGUACGUUUGUCCAGAAAACGUAACAAGGAUGAGGAAUCACCAAACAAGCUGUACACAUUGGUAAUCUACUUGCCUGUUACCACAUUCAAAAAUCUACAGACAGUCAAUGUGGAUGAGAACUACCCUGCUGAGUGUCAAAUAAAGUUGGAGAACUGCCAAAAAAAAAAAAAAAAAAAAAAAAAAGCACAAAUACACACAUAUACAAAACUUCAUGGAGAACUCCAAGGCCAUCAAACCUAAGGGCUAUCAGUCCCUACCUCACACAUGUACCAGCACACUGGCUCCUUCCAGUCUGAGAAUGAGGCACUUUCUUCUAUCCAAGGCCACUUCUACCUGUGUUUUUUAAUCUGCAAAUCCCUCCCUCCCUCCUUCCUUCCCUCCCACAAAGCAUCAUUCUACAGCCUUCAUCUCUGAUGAAAGGCCUCACACCCCAAGCAGCUGUGGUCCUUCAUCUGUUUACAUCUUCUUCCCUCAUUCAGAAUUUUCAAAACAGUGGGGUGUGUGUGUGUGUGUGUGUGUGUGUGUGUGUGUUCCACUUUGCCACCUCCCUGAACUCCUCUUUGUGUUUCUGUCCCUCCAGAUUCCCCCCCCCCCAAAUUGUUCUAUUCUUGUUUAGACCAUUUUCAACUUCCUUUCUACUUUCUUCAGUGGACACUGUUCAAUUCAUAGCUCAUGUUAAUUUUGAAUAAUAGUCUUCCAGAUUUCUCUGGUUUUCUUUUUCUUUUUUUCAUUUCAUUUCUUUCUCUUUCUUUUUUUUUGUAAACCAGAAUUUUGAUUCCCUGCAAACAUGCUUUCUUUUCCUCUGAUCUUAUCACAUAUUUUCAAAUGUGAUUCAGUCUGACAAGCACAGAGCUUCACACCACCUGGACACACCUGAACUCAUCAUCCCAUGCCUCUUCCUCCAGUAAAGGAGAUGCUCCUGUACCCAGCCUGAGUUGAUACAACUGUCCGGUCAUUCAAUUACAGGCAGGGUUUUCAUCGCCCAACCUGUGCCUUUGUCAUCUAUAUUUAAUACUGAACUCUUGCUAAUUUUAUUUGUUAUUUUCUCUUGUUGCCUUUAAUUUUAAUGUUUUUAUUUUUGUUUUUGUGUAUGUGUGUAUAGACCUACUUCUCUGUAAUAUACCACAUGUAUGUAGUGCCCAUGCAGGCCAGAAGGUGUUGGAUUCCCUGGAACUAUAGUCACUGGCAAUUGUAAACCACCUGAUGCUGCUGAAUAUAAGAAUAUCUAAAGCAAC